AUGGCAGCUAAAGGACAGUCUUUAGGAACAGAUGAUUUAAAAGGUCUAGGUGGAACGACUGAUUUAUCGCCAACUCCAGAAUCGCAUCAUGAAAUCAAUGCUUGGUCUGGUCCGGGUCAAGCAGCAUUUGAUUUCCGCAGCGAUGUCGUAACUACUCCCACCAAAUCCAUGCUAACAGCCAUCCAAAACACUACCCUUUUCGACGAUGUCUUUGCCGAAGACCCUACGACCAAUUCACUUGAAUCCUACCUUGCUCAACUCACCGAGCAUGAGUCUGCCAUUUUUGUCCUGUCUGGUACCAUGGGUAACCAAAUUGCCCUUCGUUCCCAUCUCAUCCAACCUCCCUACUCCGUUCUCUGCGAUCAUCGCGCUCAUAUACUCGAAUGGGAAGCGGGCGGUACUGCAUCCUUAUGCGGGGCUCUCGUCAAGGGUGUUGUACCUAGCAAUGGAGUAUACUUAACUCUAAAGGAUGUGGAGAAACAUGUUACACUUAGUGAAGAUAUACAUUGUUGCCCAACGAGGGUUAUAAGUUUGGAAAAUACACUGGCGGGUACGAUAAUGCCACUGGAUGAGGUCAAGGCUAUUGCGGGAUUCGCGAGGAAACAUGGUAUCAAACUACACAUGGACGGAGCUAGAAUCUGGGAAGCGGUUGUUGCCGGAGCAGGAUCCUUAACGGAUUUCACGAGAGAAUGUGAUAGUGUGAGUUUAUGUUUUAGUAAGGGAUUGGGAGCGCCAGUGGGUAGCAUGCUAGUGGGCCAGAAGGAUUUCAUCAAGCAUGCUCGAUGGGUACGGAAGAGCAUUGGAGGCGGACUACGCCAAGCUGGUGUUUUGACCGCGGCUGCGAGAGUCGCGGUCGAUGAAACAUUUGGAAAAGGUCCAAAUGGAGAAGGUGGUCUCUUGCGCGAAAGUCACAAAACAGCCAAGAAAAUCGCGGCAUUAUGGGAAGGUCUAGGUGGAAAAUUGCAGCAACCCACGGAAACCAACAUGGUGUGGUUGGAUCUAGAAGAUGUGGGGAUUUCGACGGAAGAGUUUAGGGAGUUGGGGGAGGAAAGGGGAUUGAAGCUUUAUGCUGGGAGAUUAGUGGUGCAUUAUCAGAUCGGGGAGGAGGCCGUGGCGAAGUUGGGGGAGAUUAUGAAGGUUGUUUUGGAGAAAAAGGGGAAGGGGGACAUUGAGGUGGCCAAUAAGCGGAGGAAGAUUGGGGAAAAGGAUUAUGGGACCUGA